GAAGAAACCUAUUGUCUAGUAAUCUAAAUAGGCCACUUCUUGGACGACAGCAUUCUGUAUGUCUACAUUUUACAGCACAUUUUCUGAAUACCAUUUGAUGCCUGGAAAAUCAGGAAGAUCUUGUUCACCUGCCCCAACAUCUUUUGCAUUAACAUUAUAGCCAUCAAUUUCCAUUGAACUCCAUACUUCAGCUAAUACAUUUC